CUGAAAGCUGAGGAGAUUCCGCUGGAAGCGCAAGUGCUGACCGGUGAAAAGCUCGUUGAAUAUCUUCAGAAGAACCAAAAACUUUUUGAGGCUGAAUUCACACCGAGAAGUCAUGACUUCAAGAGUAGGCUAAUGGAUUUGAAAUUCGUUAACCAGAAUAAGAACCCUGUUGUUGACGACCCGCAGGACAACGGCGCGGACAUCCCGGAAAGCUUCGAUGGUCGAAAAGUGUGGGCCAAUUGCACUUCGCUCUUCUACAUCCGUGACCAAGCGAACUGUGGUGCGUGGCGCCUACUUAGUUACAAAUAUGUUUCCAAAGUCUUAUGGUCUGGUCUUGCAUGGAAGACUAAUAUCACAGCCCUCCAGGUUCAUGUUGGGCCGUCUCGUCGGCAGCUGCGAUGUCCGAUCGCCUAUGCAUCCACUCCAAAGGAAAAAUACAGAUGUGAUGGUGGAUGGCCAAUUGAAGCUUGGAGAUAUUUCAGCUCUGCGGGUAUUGUGACCGGUGGAAACUACAAGUCGAAGGGGUGCUGCCGUCCUUACGAAAUUCAUCCAUGUGGACACCAUGGAAAUGAGCCGUACUACGGAGAGUGUCCCGACAAUGCGCCUACUCCGCCAUGCAGGAAGAGAUGCCAGGCCGGUUACCGCAAGUCAUUCCCAAGGGAUAAAUACUUCGUAAUGGAAGGUGGACGUGUGAGCCUCGCUAUGAAGAAAGGUGGAGCUAGCCGACGGAAAACUGCACACAAGGCUGGUAGGGCAGAAGGUGGCCAUGCUGUGAAGAUUAUCGGAUGGGGAACGGAGAAUGACGUACCCUAUUGGAUCAUUGCCAAUUCGUGGCACGACGAUUGGGGAGAGGAUGGUUAUUUCCGCUUCAUCCGUGGAAUCAACGACUGCGGAAUUGAAGAGGAUGUAGUUGCCGGAUUAGUCCAAGGACAAUAG